AUAUCUCCAUGUAUACACAAAACUUGGCCAUGGUCCAAGUUCUGUAAUGUAAAACAUCAUGGUUUCUCCCACAGGGCACAUAGUUAUGAUGAAAGCAAGCGCCAGUACAGGUGAGACUACAGACACCACAUGAUCAGAGCUGAGGUUCAACGUCCAGGUGAGACGAAAGCUUGCAGUCAGAGAGCUGCUGUACAUGAUAAAACAACACAGAUCUGGCAUGUAGAUAACAGAAUAAAGAUGUUUCCUCAGCACACAUAUACACACACAGGCGACAUGGACUCUGGUGGAUCGGGGGACGAAAAGAUUACUGCUUUGUCUUGGAUAUACAUCUCGUCUUUAAGUUUAAGUUUGAUUGGUAGCUGUUCUGUCAUGGUCGUGUCUAUCAUAAAGAGAAGACAUCUCAAUGAACAGGCUAAACCUCUUCUCCAGCUGGCCCUGGCAGAUUUCCUGGCUUCACUUGUUUUGAUGGGGACCGUCUUAAUUAACUUCCUAUCCUAUGAAAAUUUGCCAAGAAGUGAAUGGUUCUGCAAUAAUGGAUUGCCUUUAUCUUUGACAUUCUACUGCGUCUCUUUUCUGCUUGUCAUCAUUUACGCCUGUGAGUCAGCACAUGCGUUUCAAGUUUGGAGGGAAAAAGCAGAGGAGGAGGGGUUUGAAAACCAGAUAAUACGCAGAAGGAAGAGGUUUUGUCUCUUCUAUAUUAUUGUGUGGCUUGUUCCAAUUAUUGGAUUCAUCAUCUAUGUAAAAACUGUCAAACUUAUGCAAGCUACUCUCAUGCCAGCAUACAAUCCCAAUGCACACAGCAGAGGAUGGCCCACUGCCAGGUCCUGCAACAGCUGCAUUCUUUUCCUGCAUAUGACAAAUGACACCUGCACAACUGUGGAUGCAGAUCACGCCGAGUUCAUUAGAGUUUUCACUCUCAGCAGUGUGCUGAUCGUCAUCAUCAGCUGCACAGUGGUGUACUGUAAGUUAGAGAGCAGUUAUAGACAUUAUGAGAACGCAAGCAUGUUCACAAUGUCUCAGAAACAUCCAGGUGGUAUUUGGUCGUCAGCUCGAUACAUGAUCCUUGUUAUCAUCUUCUGCUGGGCACCAGCUCUUCUUCUGAUCUGUCUCUCAUUCACUUCACCCAGAAUAAAAAAUCUCUUCCCUCUGUAUGUCAUACAGGCGCUGUCAGUGUCACUGCAGGGUUUCAUGAACAGUAUUGUGUAUGCAUGGAGACGACGUAAUUUCAGAGACGCUGUGCUGGGAGAGCGUGUGCCGCUCAUGGAGUAUUCUAACAGAGCCUUCUUCGAACAGUCAUUAAAUGAGCCAUCAUGAAAUCGACCAUGAAGUGUGUGUGUGUGUGUGUGUGUGUGUGUGUGUGAGAUCAUAUAUGUGUGUGUGUGUGUGUGUGUGUGUGUGUGUGUGUGUGUGUGUGUGAGAUCAUAUAUGUGUGUGUGUGUGUGUGUGUGUGUGUGUGUGUUUGCAACCACGAAGAUUCAAACCGUUGCAAAAUUCUGAGAGAUAGAAAUUUGCCUUGUAUGAAAUUUGUUUUGUUAGUAUUAUUUAUAUUUUUUUUUAUGUUGUAAUAGUGAUACCUCUUGACAGAAAAGUACAUGUGUUAUUGUCUGUAUAGUAUAAACAUUAUAAACCAUACUUGAAAUGUAUAGAAUAGUCAAAUCUGAACGAGACUUAAAUUAUUAUUCGAUUUUUUUCUUUACAUUUUUAAACUGAUUUUAUAUGGAAAUAUUGUAUUUCUGAUGUACACAUUUAACUGCAGUUCUGUGCAAAUAAACGGUUGCAUCGUAAGAUUUUGCUCUUUCAUCACAUACCUCACAAUGAUUAAGCAAGAAAUGUCAUGUUGUUAGUCAGUAGCAGUUCUAGCUUGUAUGGCGCCUUGGGCGAAACCUGCUUCAGCACACCUCCAAAGUUGUU